UCACAGUGAACCAUCCUGUAGUACUCUCAGUGUUCCUCAGCUGCCACACAAGACCACUCUCAGUGCUCCUCACCUGCCACACACGAUCACCCUCAGUGUUUCUCACCUCCCACACAAGACCACCCUCAGUGUUCCUCACCUGCCACACAACAUCACUUCUACCUCAAAAUUUACAAACUGGUUUUAGCAGAGGAUUUCUAGAAGCUUAAAGUAACGACAAUUGCAAUGGUAGUUGCCCAGUUUCCAGGGACGUGUUGAAGAUUGUGGCAAGUGGCACGCACAACAUAUCUGCUCCCUCUCUAAGGACCCACGGGGAGAUGUUGUCCGGUCCCAUUGCCUUUGAGGAGGACAUGUUGCCAGACCAGAAUGACUUCCACUGGAUGAAUGAUUCUGAGGGUUGUAUAUACGGCUACGUCCCCACCAUCCCCGAGUAUAUUGAAGCUCUGGGGCAAUAUACAACAGCAGUCCAUACAGUGGGUGGCCUCAUCACACUGGCCUUCCUCAUAUUCUACUGUGAGCACAUCAUUUUCACCUACCGGAACACCCACACUGUCUACCGCAGGCACAUUAACUGGAUAGCCUGUUUCUACCCGACAGUUUUUUUGUUCAGCUUCUUCUCCCUGGGGGCGCAAACCUUUCUGGCCCUGACUGUGGUUAUGUUUGGGUGUGAAAAAGCUAUGCUGGCUAGGCUGAAGGACGCCUAUAUAGACUACCACGUGGGAAUCCUGCGCUGUUGCCUCUGUAUACCCUACAGAAGCAUCAACAAGACUCGCUUGCGUGUGCUGAAGUGGAUGUUGUGGCAGUACCCGUAUAGCCAGACUAUCUACUUCUUCCUCGAGAUCUACUGCACUGCCGCUGAAAGUGACAGGCAAGGCCUGAUCCUUUUCAAUUACUGGUACUGUAUGGAGGUGUUCAAUGCUCUCACCUUCCUAAGUGCUCUCUACGCCCUUACAGUGCUGGGCCAUCUGGUCAGGGACCAUCUCGGAGAGUUUGGUUUUAAGAGGAAAUACGGAACGAUGCUUGUUCUGCUGAUCGUCCUCAAGACCACAGAACUCGUGAUAACUGUGCUGGGAAACUAUGAUGUCUUCCCCUGCUAUCCGCCCUACAUCAACUCGAUGGUCUACUCCCACACUGUGUUGAAUCUUGCUCACCUACUAGUUCUGACGAUCUUCGGUGCUUUAGAGUACUGGGAGUACCACACUGAAGAGUUCUUGCAGCCCAUCUCCGACAAGCACCAUCAGCACUCCCAUGAGCUCAUCAUCCAUGGCCAGGCCUGUGUCUGCAUCAUCUCAGAGAUGACUGGGUUCCAGAAAAAGAGGAGAGUCUCGCAGCUGCCACUGGUCCUGGGAGACAACGCGUCCUCAGACUUCAAGUUCGACGAAAAUGAGGAGAAAAAGACAAAUGGCGUUGAGGUGUCCUUCGCUGAAGAGACUGAUAUCGAGCAGGUUCCUCCAGCCUUGCAAGCUGGAGGUAACAAUAAGAAAAAUGGUGUUCAGGAGUCAGAAGUAGAUCAGACUUCUUUUUGACAUAGAUGUCA